AAAAUUUCAUUCAAAACACUUCGAGAAUAAUGAAGAACUCGAAGAUAAUAUCAGUGAAAAUAGUAGUUCUGUAAUGAUAUCAAAAUGGAAACAAAAGUUUUCAAAAUUUCGCACACAAUUAGCCAUAAGAAAGAUAUGCAAAGAAAAUGAAAAGAAUAAUACAAACGCUCUGCAAAAGAAUGAAAGCUUAGAAAACGAUAAAAUAGAAAAUGGAGAACAGGAACGACUCGAAUGGAGCAAAAAAAUUGAUUUUCUUCUUUCCAUCAUUGGGUUUGCCGUCGACUUAUCCAAUGUUUGGAGGUUUCCGUACCUGUGCUAUAAGAAUGGCGGCGGUGUAUUUCUAAUCCCAUACACGAUCAUGCUAGUAUUCGGUGCACUGCCGUUAUUUUUCCUGGAGCUAUCAGUGGGACAAUUCACAAAAUGCGGUCCCAUAACGAUGUGGAAUAAGUUGUGUCCACCCAUGAAGGGAAUCGGUUACUGCUGUGUAUUGAUCUCGUGGUACGUUUCCUUUUAUUACAAUGUCAUCAUCGCGUGGACCACAUAUUACAUCUUCAAGUCUUUGACAUCAGGGGAUCUGAUGCCUUGGCAGCACUGCGACAAUGACUACAACACCGAUAAUUGCUUUUCUGUGUCGCAAAUGCAAGCCAUUCAAUGCCAAACCAAUACAUCGCACCACAAGAAUAAUGGAGUCAAAUCCUCGGGAAAGGUGGUUUGGUUCACAGCAACCGCUCCUUACUUUAUACUCACUAUUCUUCUAAUAAGAGGACUAUUUCUUCCCGGAGCCGGCGAAGGAAUCCUUUAUUAUAUAAACCCUCGUUUGGAGAAGUUGUUGGAGCCGUCGGUUUGGGUGGACGCAGCCGUUCAGGUCUUCUACUCAAUUGGCGUUGGCUUUGGAGUACACCUGACUUAUGCCUCAUUUAAUAAGUUUAAUAAUAAUUGUUAUCGUGAUUGUCUCAUAACUGCUUGCGUUAACUCUUUGACAUCGUUUUACUCUGGAUUUGUAAUCUUUACUUACUUGGGAUAUAUGGCUAACAGUAUGAACAAAGAGAUUCAAAACGUCGCCUCUGAAGGAUACGGACUUAUGGGAGGACUGGAGGCCGUCAUAACAGGUCUAAUGGAUGAAUUCAGAUUCAAGAAACUAAAGCGCGAAUACUUCACUGCUAUUGUGAUCAGCACUUCAUUCUUGGGGGCAUUGGUUAACUGCACUCAAGGCGGCGGAUAUACAAUGGUUUGGUUCGACACAUAUUCAGCUGGAAUUUCCUUGUUAUGUUCGGCAAUGUUUGAAGCUCUUGCUGUCGUAUACUUUUAUGGAUCGGAUAGAUUUAGUGGAGAUAUCCAAUCAAUGUUAGGAUACCCACCAAGUAGAUAUUGGGUGCUGUCCUGGAAGUACAUCUCUCCCAUAUUUCUUAUGUGUGUCAUUGUCCUCUCGAUUAUCAAUUCGGAGCGGUUGUCAUAUUAUAACUACGAUUACCCCAUUUGGUCAGCCGUUUUGGGCUGGGCUUUCACCCUGUCCUCAGUGUCAGCCGUUCCUAUCUAUGCCCUCAUUUGGUGGAUAAGAAAAGUGAACGCAAAGAGAAAUGUGAACAGUAAUUGUGUGGACCUGAAGGAGAUUUCUGAGAGAACUGCGAUCACGAAGUCCAACAACUCUCCCGUUUAUGUUUGA